GGCUGCCUUGAGGAAGUACAAGAAUGAAGUUGUGGAGCUGAAGAGUCCCCUGCGUCGUGCCCCGAGAGCCGAGCAGAGCUCCCAGGCAGCCGCCCGGCCCUUCGCAGCCCGGUCCAGCCCGAGCCAUGGGGCCGGAGCCGCAGUGAGCACCAUGGAGCUGGCGGCCUGGUGCCGCUGGGGGCUCCUCCUCGCCCUCCUGCCCUCCGGAGCCACGGGCACCCAAGUGUGCACCGGCACAGACAUGAAGCUGCGGCUCCCAGCCAGUCCCGAGACCCACCUGGACAUGCUCCGCCACCUCUACCAGGGCUGUCAAGUGGUACAGGGUAACCUGGAGCUCACCUACCUGCAUGCCAAUGCCAGCCUCUCCUUCCUGCAGGAUAUCCAGGAGGUGCAAGGCUAUGUGCUCAUUGCCCACAACCAAGUGAGACAGGUCCCACUGCAGAGGCUACGAAUCGUGCGAGGCACCCAGCUCUUUGAGGACAACUACGCCCUGGCCGUGCUGGACAACGGAGACCCACUGGACAGUGGCACCCCUGCUACAGGGGCUGCCCUAGGAGGGCUGCGGGAGCUGCAGCUCCGAAGCCUCACAGAGAUCCUGAAGGGAGGGGUCCUCAUUCAGCGGAACCCGCAGCUCUGCCACCAGGACACGAUUCUGUGGAAGGACAUCUUCCACAAGAACAACCAGCUGGCCCUCAUGCUGAUAGACACCAACCGCUCUCGGGCCUGCCAACCCUGUUCUCCAGCUUGUAAAGACUCCCACUGCUGGGGAGCAAGUUCCGGGGACUGUCAGAGCUUGACUCGAACUGUCUGUGCUGGUGGCUGUGCCCGCUGCAAGGGCCCGCAGCCCACCGACUGCUGCCACGAGCAGUGUGCUGCUGGCUGCACGGGCCCCAAGCAUUCUGACUGCCUGGCCUGCCUCCACUUCAACCACAGUGGCAUCUGUGAGCUGCACUGCCCAGCCCUGGUCACCUACAACACGGACACCUUCGAAUCCAUGCCCAACCCUGAGGGCCGUUAUACCUUCGGUGCCAGCUGUGUGACUGCUUGUCCCUACAACUACCUGUCUACGGACGUGGGAUCCUGCACCCUGGUCUGUCCCCUGAACAACCAAGAGGUGACAGCUGAGGAUGGAACACAGCGGUGUGAGAAAUGCAGCAAGCCCUGUGCCCGAGUGUGCUACGGCCUAGGCAUGGAGCACCUGCGGGAGGCGAGGGCAGUCACCAGUGCCAACAUCCAAGAAUUUGUCGGCUGCAAGAAGAUCUUUGGGAGCCUGGCGUUUCUGCCAGAGAGCUUUGAGGGGGACCCAGCCUCCAACACUGCCCCCCUGCAGCCUGAGCAGCUCAGAGUGUUUGAGGCUCUGGAGGAGAUUACAGGUUACCUGUACAUCUCAGCGUGGCCAGACAGCUUGCCUAACCUCAGUGUCUUCCAGAACCUCAGAGUGAUCCGGGGCCGAGUUCUGCAUGACGGUGCUUACUCGCUGACCCUUCAAGGGCUGGGCAUCAGCUGGCUGGGGCUGCGUUCGCUGCGGGAGCUGGGCAGUGGGCUGGCCCUCAUCCACCGCAACUCUCGCCUCUGCUUCGUACACACGGUGCCCUGGGACCAGCUCUUCCGGAACCCCCACCAGGCCCUGCUCCACAGCGCCAACCGGCCAGAGGACGAGUGCGCGGGUGAGGGCCUGGCCUGCUACCCGCUGUGUGCCCACGGGCACUGCUGGGGUCCGGGACCCACCCAGUGUGUCAACUGCAGCCAGUUCCUUCGAGGCCAGGAGUGUGUGGAGGAAUGCCGAGUACUGCAGGGGCUUCCCCGGGAGUAUGUGAAGGAUAGGUUCUGUCUGCCAUGCCACCCAGAGUGUCAGCCCCAGAAUGGCUCAGUGACCUGCUUGGGCUCGGAAGCUGACCAGUGUGUGGCCUGUGCCCACUACAAGGACCCUCCUUUCUGUGUGGCUCGCUGCCCCAGUGGGGUGAAACCUGACCUCUCCUUCAUGCCCAUCUGGAAGUUUGCAGAUGAGGAGGGCACGUGCCAGCCAUGCCCCAUCAACUGCACCCACUCCUGUGCGGACCUGGACGAGAAGGGCUGCCCCGCCGAGCAGAGAGCCAGCCCUGUGACGUCCAUCAUUGCUGCUGUGGUGGGCAUUCUGCUGGUCGUGGUUGUGGGGCUGGUCCUUGGCAUCCUAAUCAAGCGAAGGCGGCAGAAGAUCCGGAAGUACACGAUGCGGAGGCUGCUGCAGGAGACGGAGCUGGUGGAGCCCCUGACGCCUAGUGGAGCCAUGCCCAACCAGGCUCAGAUGCGAAUCCUGAAAGAAACAGAGCUGAGGAAGGUGAAGGUGCUUGGAUCCGGAGCUUUUGGCACUGUCUACAAGGGCAUCUGGAUCCCUGAUGGGGAAAAUGUGAAAAUCCCAGUGGCCAUCAAAGUGUUGAGGGAAAAUACAUCUCCCAAAGCCAACAAAGAAAUCUUGGACGAAGCGUAUGUGAUGGCUGGCGUGGGCUCCCCAUAUGUGUCUCGCCUUCUGGGCAUCUGUCUGACAUCCACCGUGCAGUUGGUGACACAGCUUAUGCCUUAUGGCUGCCUCUUAGACCAUGUCCGAGAACACCGUGGGCGCCUAGGCUCCCAGGACCUGCUGAACUGGUGUGUGCAGAUUGCCAAGGGGAUGAGCUACUUGGAGGAUGUUCGGCUCGUGCACAGGGACCUGGCUGCCCGGAACGUGCUGGUCAAGAGUCCCAACCACGUCAAGAUUACAGAUUUUGGGCUGGCUCGGCUGCUGGACAUUGACGAGACAGAGUACCAUGCCGAUGGGGGCAAGGUGCCCAUCAAGUGGAUGGCGCUGGAGUCCAUUCUCCGCCGGCGGUUCACCCAUCAGAGUGACGUGUGGAGCUACGGUGUGACUGUAUGGGAACUGAUGACUUUUGGGGCCAAACCUUAUGAUGGGAUCCCAGCCCGGGAGAUUCCUGACCUGCUGGAGAAGGGGGAACGGCUGCCCCAGCCCCCCAUCUGCACCAUUGAUGUCUACAUGAUCAUGGUCAAAUGUUGGAUGAUAGACUCUGAAUGUCGGCCACGUUUCCGGGAGUUGGUGGCUGAAUUCUCCCGGAUGGCCAGGGACCCCCAGCGCUUUGUGGUCAUCCAGAAUGAGGACUUGGGCCCAGCCAGUCCCUUGGACAGCACUUUCUACCGUUCACUGCUGGAGGAUGAGGACAUGGGAGACCUGGUGGACGCUGAGGAGUACCUGGUACCCCAGCAGGGUUUCUUCUGCCCAGACCCUGCCCCAGGCGCCGGGGGCACAGCCCACCGCAGACACCGCAGCUCAUCCACCAGGAGUGGCGGUGGUGAGCUGACACUGGGGCUGGAGCCCUCCGAGGAAGAGCCUCCCAAGUCUCCACUGGCACCCUCAGAAGGGGCUGGCUCUGAUGUGUUUGAUGGCGACCUGGGAAUGGGGGCAGCCAAGGGGCUGCAGAGCCUUUCCCCACAGGACCCCAGCCCUCUACAGCGGUACAGUGAGGAUCCUACCGUACCCCUACCCCCUGAGACUGAUGGCUACGUUGCCCCCCUGACCUGCAGUCCCCAGCCUGAAUACGUGAACCAGCCAGAGGUUUGGCCAAAGCCCCCAUCGCCCUUAGAAGGCCCUCUGCCUCCUUCUCGACCUGCCGGUGCCACUCUGGAAAGGCCCAAGACUCUGUCCCCCAAGACUCUUUCCCCCGGCAAGAAUGGGGUUGUCAAAGACGUUUUUGCCUUUGGGGGUGCUGUGGAGAACCCCGAGUACUUGGCACCCCGGGGCAGGGCUGCCCCUCAGCCCCACCCUCCUCCAGCCUUCAGCCCAGCCUUUGACAACCUCUAUUACUGGGACCAGGACACAUCUGAGCGGGGCUCUCCACCCAGCACCUUUGAAGGGACCCCUACAGCAGAGAACCCCGAAUACCUGGGCCUGGAUGUGCCAGUGUGAGCCAAAAGGCCAAAUCUGCCGAGACCCUGCUGAACCCUCAGGGAGUGGGGAAAGCCUGACUUCUGGCCUUCAUUGCGAUGAAGCAGGGAAUCCUGCCACGCUAGACACCCUCCUUCCUCCUCCAGUUCCCAGGUGGCCAAGAGGGGCCCAGCCUGGUUGGAAGAGGGGGCAGCACUGGGGAGCCUUGACUGACUUUGGAGCCCUGCCCCAGACAACUCUAGGGUCCGUGGAUGCCACAGCCAGUCUCCUCACCCGAGGGAACAGCCCAGCUUGGCUGUCCUGUUCCAGACCUUUGACACAGAAGGACUUAGGAAAGCUGGGCCUGGAAGAGGAGGAGGCUCCAGGGAGUGUCUAGGAAUAAGAGCAACCCAUUCAGAGACUGUCUCUGAGACCUAGCUCUGCGCCCAGGAACAAGGGAGCAGCAAUGCCACCCAGAUCCAGUCCUUGUACAGAUCCAGUCCUUAUGCUUUUUUUGUUUUGUUUUGUUUUUACCUAUUUUUUUUUUUAAUGAAAUAAGGACUCGGGGAGAGCGGGUAUUGUGGAGAGGGGUGGGUCCCUGGAGUUGGGGGAAGGAUGUCCUUUCUCCACACCCACUUUCUCCAUUUGCAAAUAUAUUUUGGAAAAUAACUGGGCACCAGCCUAUGUCUGGGGUGGCUCUGUGCCCACCCUAAGCUCACCUCCUUACACUCAAGUCAUCUUUUCCUGGAGGGAGUGGCUAGAAAUCUCGAGAAAGCUUGAAUGAGGAGGCUCUUUUCCAGGUUCAAGAGCCCUUUGACAACCAGAUCAUUCUUGCUGAGAAAAAAUGAAUUCCUAAGGCCACCCACCAGAAUGGGGUUAUUCCCUAUGGAUAGGGGCAGUGGGGGGAGGGACAG